UGCAGUGUGUUCCGGUCCCUGUGAGUGUCGGCCUGUUGCUAUCUGUUUUCGCGCCUGUCGCUCUGCGGGAUUGUCGCGACAGGAGCUCUGACAAGCUACACGAUGUCCUAUAAUUACGUAGUGACAGCGCAGAAGCCCACGGCUGUUAAUGCCUGCGUGACAGGGCAUUUUACGUCUGAAGAUGACUUAAAUCUCCUAAUAGCCAAAAAUACACGGCUGGAGAUCUAUGUAGUGACUCCAGAAGGCCUGCGACCUGUAAAGGAAGUCGGAAUGUACGGCAAGAUCGCUGUCAUGGAGCUUUUCCGACCCAAGGGGGAGAGUAAGGACCUGCUGUUUGUACUGACAGCCAAGUACAAUGCUUGCAUCCUGGAGUAUAAGCAGACUGGAGACAGCAUUGAUAUCAUUACCCGGGCACAUGGCAAUGUACAGGAUCGCAUUGGCCGCCCUUCUGAAACUGGCAUAAUUGGCAUUAUUGACCCUGACUGCCGUAUGAUCGGCCUCCGCCUUUAUGAUGGACUUUUCAAAGUUAUCCCUCUAGAGAGAGACAACAAGGAGCUCAAGGCCUUUAACAUACGUUUGGAGGAGCUUCAUGUAAUUGACGUGAAGUUCCUAUAUAGCUGCCAGGCCCCUACAAUCUGUUUUGUUUAUCAGGAUCCACAAGGUCGGCAUGUUAAGACGUAUGAGGUCUCCCUGAGGGAGAAAGAAUUCAGCAAAGGUCCAUGGAAGCAGGAAAACGUGGAGGCCGAAGCAUCAAUGGUUAUAGCAGUCCCAGAACCCUUUGGCGGAGCGAUUAUUAUUGGUCAGGAAUCCAUUACCUACCACAAUGGUGAAAAAUACCUGGCAAUUGCACCUCCAAUUAUUAAGCAAAGUACCAUUGUUUGUCAUAACCGUGUUGAUGUGAAUGGAUCUCGUUAUCUGUUGGGAGACAUCGAGGGAAGGCUUUUCAUGCUUUUGUUGGAGAAGGAGGAACAGAUGGAUGGUAGUGUUACUCUGAAGGACCUCCGAGUGGAGCUUCUUGGGGAGACGUCCAUCGCUGAAUGUCUCACAUACCUGGAUAAUGGAGUGGUGUUUGUGGGUUCACGACUUGGAGACUCCCAGCUUGUGAAGCUCACGGCCGACAGCAAUGAACAGGGUUCGUAUGUUGUGGCCAUGGAGACCUUUACAAACCUGGGGCCUAUUGUGGAUAUGUGUGUGGUGGAUCUUGAGAGACAAGGACAAGGACAGCUGGUAACCUGCUCUGGGGCCUUUAAGGAAGGAUCUCUGCGAAUCAUCAGAAAUGGCAUUGGGAUCCAUGAGCAUGCCAGCAUUGACCUGCCGGGGAUUAAAGGUCUGUGGCCUCUAAGAGUGGCAGCCAAUCGUGAGACAGAUGAUACUUUGGUUUUGUCUUUUGUGGGGCAGACCAGGGUUCUGACGCUGUCCGGGGAAGAAGUAGAAGAAACGGACCUUGCUGGUUUUGUAGAUGAUCAGCAGACAUUUUUCUGUGGAAAUGUGAUGCACCAGCAGCUCAUUCAGAUCACAUCAGCCUCAGUGCGACUCGUUUCCCAGGACCCCCAGAGCCUUGUGAGUGAGUGGAAAGAACCUCAGGGUCGCAAGGUCAGCGUCUGUUCCUGUAACAGUCGCCAAGUGCUACUUGCCGUGGGGAGAGUUCUCUAUUACCUGGAAAUCCACCCUGGAGAGCUGAGACAGAUGAGCUGCACUGAAAUGGAGCACGAAGUUGCCUGUUUGGAUGUGACGCCUCUUGGCGGCAACGAUGCCAUGUCCUCUCUCUGUGCCAUUGGGUUGUGGACAGACAUCUCUGCGCGGAUUUUGAGUUUACCAGAUUUCCAGCUGCUCCACAAGGAAAUGCUGGGUGGAGAGAUCAUCCCUCGUUCCAUCCUUAUGACGUCAUUUGAGAAUAGUCACUACUUGCUGUGUGCUCUUGGAGAUGGUGCUCUCUUCUACUUCAGUCUCAACACCGAAACAGGUCUUCUGAGUGACAGGAAGAAGGUGACUCUUGGAACCCAGCCCACCGUGCUCAGGACUUUCCGCUCGCUAUCUACGACCAAUGUGUUUGCCUGCUCUGAUCGACCCACCGUAAUCUACAGCAGCAACCACAAGUUGGUCUUCUCCAAUGUGAACCUGAAAGAAGUCAACUACAUGUGCCCCUUGAACUCGGAGGGAUAUCCUGACAGCUUGGCUUUGGCGAAUAACAGCACACUGACUAUUGGAACAAUUGAUGAAAUCCAGAAGCUUCAUAUCCGCACAGUGCCGCUGUACGAAUCUCCAAGGAAGAUUUGCUAUCAGGAGGUGUCGCAGUGCUUUGGGGUGCUGUCAAGUCGGACCGAGGUCCAAGAUGCUAGCGGAGGCAGCUCUCCUUUAAGGCCUAGCGCCAGCACACAGGCCCUCUCUAGCAGCGUGAGCUGCAGUAAACUCUUUUCAGGGAGUACAUCUCCCCAUGAAACCUCGUUUGGAGAAGAAAUUGAAGUUCAUAAUCUGCUGAUAAUUGAUCAGCACACAUUUGAAGUCCUGCACACGCACCAGUUCCUGCAGAAUGAGUAUGCACUAAGUUUGGUGUCUUGCAAGCUGGGGAAGGAUCCAAGUACGUACUUUGUGGUGGGAACCGCUAUGGUUUAUCCAGAUGAGGCAGAACCAAAACAGGGAAGGAUUGUGGUUUUCCAAUACUGUGAUGGGAAGCUGCAGACUGUGGCUGAAAAGGAAGUGAAAGGAGCCGUGUAUUCAAUGGUGGAGUUUAAUGGGAAGCUUCUGGCCAGCAUCAAUAGCACGGUGCGUCUGUACGAGUGGACCGCUGAAAAGGAGCUGCGAACAGAAUGCAACCACUAUAACAAUAUCAUGGCCCUGUAUCUGAAGACAAAGGGAGACUUCAUCCUGGUGGGGGAUUUGAUGAGAUCUGUGCUGCUGCUUGCCUACAAACCGAUGGAAGGAAACUUUGAGGAGAUUGCACGUGAUUUUAACCCCAACUGGAUGAGCGCUGUGGAGAUUUUAGAUGAUGACAACUUCUUGGGAGCUGAGAAUGCGUUUAAUUUGUUUGUAUGUCAGAAGGACAGUGCUGCCACAACAGACGAGGAGCGCCAGCACUUGCAAGAGGUUGGCCUCUUCCACCUGGGCGAGUUUGUGAAUGUCUUCUGCCAUGGAUCCCUGGUGAUGCAGAAUCUUGGGGAGACGUCUCCACCAACCCAAGGCUCAGUGCUCUUCGGGACAGUUAAUGGAAUGAUUGGACUGGUGACUUCAGUUUCUGAGAGCUGGUACAAUCUCCUCCUUGAUGUACAGAACAGACUCAACAAAGUCAUCAAGAGUGUGGGCAAAAUUGAGCACUCCUUCUGGAGGUCUUUCCAUACGGAGAGAAAGACCGAACCUGCGACAGGAUUUAUCGAUGGAGAUCUAAUAGAAAGUUUUCUGGAUAUCAGCCGGCCAAAGAUGCAAGAAGUGGUGGCCAAUCUUCAGAUUGAUGAUGGCAGCGGAAUGAAGAGAGAGACCACCGUUGAUGACUUGAUAAAGAUUGUAGAGGAGCUGACAAGGAUUCACUGAUUCUCUGGGCAUUGCUUGAAGUUUUCCGCCUUGGCUUCCCCAAUCCUCCUAGCACCAAGGGAUGGACCCUCUCUGUGGGACCUGAUGGACAAUGAAAAUGCUCAAAACUCCAAGUGAUGGAGGACUUCUCUUUGCUGCCCUUCUGGCACUUAAACCCUUUGCUUCCAGCGGGGAUCACAGAAUUUGCAACCCCUCCGUUAGCAAAAGGAAAACAAAUGUGUGGUUGUACGAGAUACCCUUGCCUGACUCCCCUGCCCCGUUCUUGUUGCUCUCACCCUAUAUUCAUACAUGUAUUUUUUCUCCCUCUUAUAAAAUAUUGUGAUAAGA